AUGACUCACUGCGAUUUAACCUCCUCCUCUGUCGAUCAAGCACACUAUAAGUCCUCGUGGUCUCCAAAUCCAGAGGUUUUUGACAUGAGCCACCACGAUACCACAGAGCGUGCAUACAAGCAGAACAAGUCCACGCAGCAAAAGCAAUACAGAGACAGGGAGAUCGACGGCUUUGCCGACCUUCGUGAAGCCAUUCGCGAAUCGACAGAUGAUCAGGAACCCCCCAGGACAAAGUACGAGAUAUUAUCAAAAGCUUCACGACACAUCAGGCAGCUUGACCUGAUGAACAAGAUGCUGCAGCAGCAACUUCACAUGCUGAAAUCAUCUCGAAUAAACGACAAGGGCUGCAUGGUGGCACAAACGCAGGCACCUGCUACAUCCUUGCAGUGGAAUGGUGAUGUCAAGUCGGUUGGCACGUACCGGGCAACACAAACACAAAUCGUAUCGCAAAGCUCGCCAUACGAUUUUUACAUCGGUAUGGGCUCAGGGAUGUGCGAUACUGCUAUGCUGGAGAGUGCGCCGCGGCGGGACCAGACGAGCACCGUCCUACAAUCUAUUGAUGACUUGAACCAGAUUGACCAGUACUAUACUCCGUCCUUUGGACACUGCUUGAACCAGCCUGAGUCUCGCAUCUCCUACAAUAAAAGUUCAUACUAUAAACAGAAUUAA